AUGAGUAAGUGGAGAAAAGCCACCAGUUCAGCAGUUAGCAAGUUUCUGAGACCUUCAGUUCCAGAUGUUCUUGCUAACAUUUUUGAACUCUUCACCAAGAACUUUUCUUACUGCAAGCCACCUAAUAAUGAGUGGCAGUUACCAGAUCCCAGUGAGAUUUUCACCUGUGACCACACAGAGUUUAAUGCAUUUCUUGAUUUGAAAAACUCCCUAAAUAAAGUAAAAAACCUCCUGAGUGAUAAGAAACUGGAUGAGUGGCAUGAGCACACUGCUUUCACUAAUAAAGCAGGAAUAAUUUCUCAUGUGAGAAAGUCUGUGAAUGCAGAACUUUGUACUCAAGCAUGGUGUAAAUUCCACGAGAUUUUGUGUAGCUUUCCACUUAUUCCACAGGAAGCUUUUCAGAAUGGAAAACUGAAUUCUCUACACCUUUGUGCUCCUGGAGCUUUUAUAGCUAGUCUCAAUCACUACUUAAAAUCCCAUCGGUUCCCUUGUGAUUGGAGUUGGGUAGCUAAUACUCUGAAUCCAUACCAUGAAGCAAAUGACAAUCUUAUGAUGAUAAUGGAUGACCGGCUUAUUGCAAAUACCUUGCACUGGUGGUACUUUGGUCCAGAUAACACUGGUGAUAUCAUGACCCUGAAAUACCUGACUGGACUUCAGGAUUUCCUAAGCAGCAUGGCUACCGUUCACUUGGUUACUGCAGAUGGGAGUUUUGAUUGCCAAGGAAACCCAGGUGAACAAGAAGCUUUAGUCUCUUCUUUGCAUUACUGUGAAGUUGUCACAGCUCUUACCACUCUUGGAAAUGGUGGCUCUUUUGUUCUAAAGAUGUUUACUUUGUUUGAACAUUGUUCCAUAAACCUGAUGUACCUGCUAAACUGUUCCUUUGACCAAGUCCAUGUUUUCAAACCUGCUACCAGCAAGGCAGGAAACUCAGAAGUCUAUGUGGUAUGUCUCCACUAUAAAGGCAGAGAAGCCAUCCAUCCCCUGUUGUCUAAGAUGGUGCUGAAUUUUGGGACUGAAAUGACCAAGAAAGCUCUCUUUCCCCAUCAUGUGAUUCCCCAAUCUUUUCUCAAAAGACAUGAAGAAUGUUGUGCAUUCUUUCAUAAAUAUCAACUAGAGACCAUUUCUGAGAACAUUCGUCUGUUUGAGUGCAUGGGAAAGGGGGAACAAGCAAAGCUGAAUAAUUUAAGGGAUUGUGCUGUACAAUAUUUUAUGCAGAAAUUUCAACUGAAGCCUCUUUCCAGAAAUAACUGGCUAGUAAAAAAAUCUAGCAUUGGUUGUAGUACAAAUACAAAAUGGUUUGGGCAGAGGAACCGAUAUUUUAAAACUUACAACGAAAGGAAAAUGUUGGAAACCCUUUCGUGGAAAGAUAAGGUAGCCAAAGGAUACUUCAAUAGCUGGGCUGAAGAACAUGCUAUAUAUCAUCCUGGGCAAAAUUCUCUUUUAGAAGGGACAGCUUCCAAUCUUGAGUGCCAUUUGUGGCAUAUUUUAGAAGGAAAGAAACUGCCAAAGGUAAAGUGUUCCCCUUUCUGCGAUGGUGAAAUUUUAAAGACUCUCAAUGAAGCAAUUGAAAAGUCCUUAGGAGAAGCUUUGAAUUUGGAUUCCAAGUUUAGGCCAAAACAGCAGUAUUAUUGUUCUUGUCACAUUCUUUCUGAAGAACUGAUAUUUUCUGAGUUAGUUAGCCUUACCAAGUGCCUUCGGGAUGAGCAGAUGGUAGAACCUGGUGACCAAAUAAAGUGCCUGCUUGUAGGUUUACCGACUCUCUGUGAUGUCAAAAUACCUAUACCAUUAGAAGUUCGACUCCUUGAAUCAGCUGAACUCAUGGCUUUUGGCUGUUCAUUGCUUCAUGAUGGAGAUCCAGCUUACCAGCAUCUGUUUUUGGACUGCCUUCUAAAUUCAUUACAGCAACUUCAUAUGGGAGAUGUUAUGAUUUUGCCUGUACUUUCUUGUUUAACAAGAUUUAUGGCUGGCUUGAUCUUUGUACUUCACAAUUGUUUUAGAUUCAUCACAUUUUCUUGUCCCAUAUCCUCUGAGCCCCUGAGGACUUGUGCAGUCCUGCUGUGUGUUGGUUAUCAGGAUCUUCCAAACCCAGUUUUCCAGUAUCUGCAGAAUGUGAAUGAAUUGUUGAGCACUUUGCUUAACUCUAGUGCACCCCAGCAGGUUUUACAGUUUGUGCCAAUGGAGGAGCUCCUUAAGGGGGCACUGCUUGAUUUUUUGUGGGAUUUGAAUGCCGCCAUAGCUAAAAGGCAUUUGCAUUUGAUUAUUCAAGGAGAGAGAGAAGAAAUCAUCAGCAACCUUCAGUUAUGAAAUUGAGCUUGUCCUUUCUGAGAUUCAGUUUUGUGACUUACAGUUUCUAAUGUAACUGUAUCUGUUUGCUCUAUUUAAUACCUUUCAUUUAGGGGAAAGGCCAAUUUUUCAGUCAUUCAGCGUUUUGUGGAUUCUGGAAAACCAUCAGCUAGUUCUGAUCUCUAGGAUACAUAGAGCAUAGGCAUAGAGUUCUUCCUUGUGGUGGGAUCUAUGCAGUGAUGAUAUGGUGUUCAGCCUUUAAAGUGAGAUGAGUAGUUGUGCUUGGGGUGGAUACACCCAUGCUUGCCUAUGCAGUUAGUUGAUCUUAUUUAUCUGCUUAAGGUUUGCACUUGUGUGCCUUCAAUCAGGUUUUUUUUCCUACUAAUAUCCUAUCAUUGAGUAAUGCUGUUAAUGAAGUGGUAGAGUCACUCAUGAAAAGAGGUGAGUUAUUCCUCAGCACAAUUUACUUGAGCGCUUAACAUGUCAAUUAUAGAUUUCAGGGCACUCUUUGUGCCAGAUUUCUUGAUGAUUGCAAUUAUUGCCAUUAGGUUAUUGACCCAGUUUUCUUUUAUGGUUCAAAUGAAGCUAAUGUAUUGUCUUGUGAAUUAUUUUAUUACAACCAUCCAACUAAUAAAGAGAACAAGGCAGCUUCAAUACAAAGAUCAUGCUUAAAACAAUGAAAAAUUGUGUCUAGUACACUCUGGAAUCAUGAAAAAAUUCAUUUAGCAAUGUUGUAAUUUUUGACUUCUAGGAAACAAUGAAUUUAAAGAUUGUAUUAAAUUUUAAGGUACCAUUUAUAGUCUUAUCUUAGGGACUUAUGAAUUUGAUGAACAUAGUGAAUACUAGAGAAAAAAUUUAAUACUUUCAGAAUCAUGGUUCAACAUUUAAAAAUUUUUACUCUUUAUUAAUUUAUUUUUUCAAUAUGAAAAUAGCACUUUAC